UUUUUUCCGUUCACUCAACUAACUUGGUUUUAAGUUCCGGUAGGAACUUUUCUCCGUCUCGUUCACGCGUUUCGUGUAUCAGCUUUAUAUUAUUUUAACCGUCUAGUUUAAUUUGUCCGAUGUAGUUUGGUGAUUUAAGUAUUUUUACAUCUUUUUUAGACAUAUUUACAGCUGCGUAGCUUUACUUUUACAAUUCAACCUCCACAGAGCCGGCGGUAAUGUUUUGGUGGCGGACCUCAGACGCUUCAUCGGACGCAUGUGAGCGAUGGCUUCGCCCCCCCAGGAGUUAACCCUGAUCGGUCUGUGUGAUGGAGAGCUGGACCCAAAGAGAUACCAGUCCUCAUAUCUCGUCAACAAAGUCGGGGGCCAGCCGGACUGGUUGCCGGUCAUCUCCCGGCAGUGUCCCCGCUGUGGACGCUGCGGAGCCCCUUUAGCCCACGUGGCGCAGGUGUAUUGCCCCAUGGAGGCCUCCCCCUACCACAGGAACCUCCACCUGUUCGCGUGCCCGGGUGCAGAGUGCAGCGGCAGGUCCGAGGGUUGGAGGGUGCUCCGCUCUCAGUGUCUGGAGACUGAGGUGGCGGCAGCGCGGGCAGCCAGCCGGCCUGCCCCGGCUCAGGGGGCUUCUCUGUCGACCACUGACUGGUGUGACACCGCUGAUGACUGGGGCAUGGAGGAGGAGGAGGAGGGUGGUGGUGAUGAUGGGUGGGGAGGUGGUGUGAAGAAGGACACCCUGGUUCAGCAGGAAGCAGCAGCUCCUGAGGCAGAAGAAGGUCCUGCGCUCAGUGAGGUGGACGUCGGCAGCCGACUCCAGGACCUCAGUUUGGGAGAGUCACACGAGGACGUCCCCGUCUUCCGCCCGUUCUUCAUCAGCGUGGUGGAGGAGUCGGAUCUGUGCGGAGAGGACGAGGACCUGGAGCACGCCCGGGAGCUGCUGAGGGAGUACGAGAGGAGAGGGGGGGCGGUGGCGGUUGGAGAGCCGGACGGCAGCGAGGAGAAGUACGAGAAGACCAGAGCCAGACACGGAGACACCGUCUUCUCCAGGUUCAUGAAGAAGAUCUCACUGUGUCCACAACAGAUCCUGCGCUACGGCCACGGCAGGAAACCGCUCUUCAUUUCUGAGCCGCCGUCCAACAUGGCUCAGGCGGUUUCUGCGUGCGGCUCCUGUGGAGGAUCCAGGACUUUUGAGAUGCAGCUGAUGCCGGCUCUGGUCAGUCUGCUGCGGAGGGGGGGCGGCGGCGCCGAGGCGGAGCUGGAGUUCGGGACGGUCCUGGUUUAUACCUGCGCCAACAGCUGCUGGACUUCAGGAUCAGGAUCAGCUGUGGAGGAGUUCUGCUUUGUUCAGGCAGACCCGGACCAGCAGCUCUUUAAAUGACUGAACAGGAGGAAAGUUAUGAAAAAAGGAAAAGAAUUCUGGUUUUGGUUUUGGGAAGUUGGUCUGAGGUGAAGACACCUGCUGAAAGUCUUGUCUGUAUUGAGCUCCAGUGGUUCAAUAUCUCACGUCGCUGCAGCGACGCUGAAGCGCACCCCAGGAAGCUGUGACAUCAUUGGUGGGUGUGGUCACCGGGGCAACCGCGCUGAUUACGACAGUGAGUGACGUUGGAUGUGCUAACAAAGUCUCACAGGUCGGAUAAAACUGCCGCUCUUCAGUUUACAGAAGACCUCGUCUCACUGAACCCUCCUCCGAAAAUGCUGCCACCCAUCAGGGCUGUAAGAUUUGUGGGGGGGGGGGGUUCCCGUACCACGAAAUAAAACUUACUGAUUCCAGUGUUUACAGGCUCAAAUCUGACUUCCUUCACCAGAAUUGAAUUCCUCGGAGCCUUGAUAAGGCCUGGUAGAGAACAGAAAACUCUUUGGUGAUUGGUGGGGUUACACCGGGAGACUCGGUAUUUCUAAAAGGAGGACAGAUUGAAAAUGGGCCUCUGAUCAGAUGCCACCAAAAACGUUAAGGUUUAAACAAUAAACUGAAUGGCUGGUGCUGCAAAUGAUACUUUUCUGUAAUAAUCUCAUUCUCUACUAUUUAGAACAGAACGGAUAAAUUGCCUUUUGUGCUCUCGUUUUUUGAGCCUUAAAAAGGGACGAUCGUACGCAAACCCGCAGGCGGCAUCGCUGCUGCUGCGGGACGCGUUGAACCUUGUCAGCAUGUUUUGGACCUCAGCCCAUGCCGAGCAGUGCGGCAGCAGUUUCCUUCCAGUGCGGAUUUACCCUUUAAUAACAUUCUCAGCCUCUUUGGU